UCCAGUUUGACCUUACUGUGAGCAUGAUUUGUUCCAGUUUGACCUUACUGUGAGCAUGAUUUGUUCCAGUUUGACCUUACUGUGAGCAUGAUUUGUUCCAGUUUGACCUUACUGUGAGCACAUAAAGGAAUGCAAAGGUGACAUUCACACAAAAAGGACGCAGUGUCAGCAGCAAAUGUGUUGAGCAAAUGUUGUAUAUUUUGUUUGGCAGACCUUUGUGUCUGCUAUGAUAAACCAACCACUCUACAGCCCUUGGAAAUAUGGAGAUAAAUGUCACAUUUAACAAUGCUGUACCUGAUACAUUUGGGGGAUUUGGGAAAUUAAUGAUUAACUUAUGUGGAUAAGAAACAGUUUGAAUAGGCUGAACGAUCAGUAAAUGAUGUGAAACGGUUGAAAGACAGCUGUAUUUGUAAGGAGCUCAGUUCAUUUGUACCUCGUAGCGGUCUAUCUAUCCACGAUGAAGCUCAUCCUGACAAUCUCCUGCGCCUUCACACUGUUCUACACAGCUGACAUGCUCAAUUGCUACACCUGUGAGCCUGAGGAUGAAAAAUGUCGGACAACAGUAUUAAAGAACUGUGUGAAAGCAGUAUGUUCCACCUUAACAAGCAUAGAAUAUCCUUCAGAUUCCAUCAGAGUAUCUAAGGGUUGUACGUAUGUAGCCAAAAACUGUUAUUUCAUGGAUAAAGUAACAGAACUGUCAAUGAACAACGGAUACUCACAAGCCUCCCAAUCCUCGUUUUGCUGCAACACGACAGGCUGCAACAUAGACACCCUCCCUGCCCUCAGUGACAAGCCCAAUAAACUACAAUGUCACACCUGGGUGAAUGGUACUUAUGAAGUUUUGCAAUGCAUUGGAAUUGAAGACCACUGCUUCAAAUAUAAACAGCUCACUCCUGAUGGGGGCAAAGUCACCAUUUAUGGAGGCUGUGCCUCCAGUGACUCAUGCCUCUGGUCUGAGAUGCCCAACCAGACGAACCUCAACUGCUGCAAGGGGAGUCUGUGUAACAAAGCCAUGGGGAUGAGUCUGAGUUCUCUCCCUCUUCUGCUGGGUCUCCUCCUCAUCUCACUGGUCUAGUUAGUGGGAGGAUUCAUGGUAAUCCCAGCCGUUGGUGUGAUAUCCACAAUAAAUCUAUGUGUCAAUAUAUUGGUACAUCUAAGAAAUUUGAAACAUAAGUAAUAUUAUUGUGUUUGGAUGUUCAUUUAUUCGCAAAAGAAAUGGAAAUUGUAGAAUUAUUUUAAAAUCUGUAGUCACUCAUGUCACUCUUUACUCUUUACUUGUACAUUACGUUACUGUAUAUUAUAAACUGGGUGGUACGAGUCCUGAAUGCUGAUUGGCUGACAGCCGUGGUAUGUCAGACUGUAUACCACGUGUAUGACAAAACAUGUAUUUUUACUGCUCUAAUUACUUUGGUAACCCGAUUAUAUUAUGCCUUUAUAUUAUUAAGCAAUAAGGCCCAAGGGGUUUGUGGUAUAUGACCAAUAUACCACGGAUAAGGCCUGUAACCAGGCACUCUGU